CUCACCAUCGACACAAACACAGUAAACAGAAAGAUCAAACUGUCUGACAACAACAGGAAGGUGACACAUGUGGAGGAGGAUCAGUCAUAUCCUGAUCAUCCAGACAGAUUUGACCAGUGGCCUCAGCUGCUGUGUAAUAAUGGUCUGACUGGUCGCUGUUACUGGGAGGUCAAGUGGAGAGGAGGAGUUGAUAUAUCAGUGACUUACAGAGGAAUCAGAAGGAAAGGAAACAGAGAAAACUCCUGGAGUCUGAUCUGCUGUAAUGGUUGUUACUCUGUUUUGCACAAUAACAGAGAGACACCUGUCUCCUCCUUCUCUACAUCAUCUUCCUCUGUCUCUAACAGAGUAGCAGUGUAUGUGGACUGUCCUGCUGGCUCUCUGUCCUUCUACAGAGUCUCCUCUGACUCACUGAUCCACCUCUACACCUUCAACACUACAUUCACUGAACCUUUGUAUCCCGGGUUUGGAGUCUGGUCGUUUGGUUCCUCAGUGUCUCUGUGUAGAGUGUAGCAGAGAGAGUCUCCUCCUGUUAGAGAAACUCUCUCACUGUUGAACAGAUAGUUCAGUCUGUACAUGUCUGUCUCUUUCACUCACACACACCUUUUCAGA